AUGGAAUGCGCCCGCGCCGCCGAAAGAAUGCAAUCUCGGGCGCAUUUCGGAGGUCGAUCUCUCCGAAGGGCCGACGUCCCGCGCCCGCCUCCCUGGCCGCGGCCAUCUGUCGUAAUCAGUUCGACGAAACACAUAACCAACUAUGCGCCCAGGCCCGUAACGGACCGUCGUGACCUCGCGCUGUGUCCUCCACACGCGAAUCAUUCAAUAAAGAAUUCCUCAUUCCUUUUCCUCGUGUUAUCGAUGCGAAGGAAAUUCGAAUAA